ACAAAAAGAAAAAAUAAUAAAUUAAGAAGGAAGAAAAUAAAAGUAGCACCCAACUGCCAUUUUCUAGGUGGCCUAGGUGUUCACUGUUCAUCCACCGGUCGUUCAACGCCGAGCUGUCAUUUAUAUGCCUAAGUCUCAUUUCCUGUCUAUGGGUUUUGCUUCUUCUUACCUCUUUAUUUCCCAAUUAAACAACGAACGUCUGGGCUUUUUUUUUUUUUUUUUUUUUUUUUCAAUUAACAAAUAUAUUUUUUAAUUUUUGAUUUUCUCAGCUUUGCUUCCCAGGCUUUCCCAAAAUAUUCCCUCCAAUUUAUAUAGGUAGAAAUUUCGUGCUAUCUCGGUUUGAAAAACUUGCUUGAAAACUGUCGUCUAUAACAUUUUGUGUUAUUAGCGUCAUCGAGUCGUCAAAUUUCUCUUUUGCUUGAACUGCUUCGAUUUUCAUUUGGUUUCUUCUGAGUUGGAAGAGGUACAAAUACUCGCCGGUAAUCGGCGACUUUGCGAAUUUUCGAUGGAGGAAAAAGGUGCGGUUUCUGGUUCCACUAGUAAUAGGAAUGAAACAGGGAAUGUGGAAGGUUCUCCGGGGCCGGCUUCGCAAGCAGCAAGCGGUGCCAGUGGAAUCAAAGAAACGUCGCCUGAUUUGUUGAAGAACACGCCGUCGAACAUUGCGAGAUUGGAGGAUGAGAUCGAGCAGUGCGAAGGUCGGCACAAGUACCUGGCUCACACAAGGAGUCCUUCCGAUGGUCGCGAUGUUCGGUGGUAUUUUUGCGAGGUUCCUUUAGCGGAGAAUGAGCUCGCUGCUUCAGUUCCUCGCACCGAGAUAGUAGGAAAGGGCGACUACUUUCGUUUUGGUAUGAGAGAUUCUUUGGCAAUAGAGGCAUCUUUUCUGCAGAAGGAAGAAGAGCUGCUUUCUUGUUGGUGGAAAGAGUAUGCAGAAUGUAGUGAUGGUCCAAAGGAACAGCCUAGUUCCAGCAAGAAAUUGGAUACUCAACAACAUGCUUCUUCUUCAAAGGGUAUUCCAUCAAAUCAAUUAUAUGAAGUAGAAGAAGAAAGAGUUGGUGUCCCUGUGAGGGGAGGACUUUAUGAGGUAGAUUUAGUGAAGAGGCAUUGCUUCCCUGUUUAUUGGAAUGGAGAAAAUCGUCGAGUAUUAAGAGGUCAUUGGUUCGCGCGAAAAGGGGGACUUGAUUGGCUUCCACUGCGAGAGGAUGUUGCUGAACAAUUGGAGAUUGCUUACCGUAGUCAGGUUUGGCAUCGGAGGACAUUUCAACCCUCAGGACUUUUUGCAUCACGGGUUGAUUUGCAAGGCUCUACCCCUGGAUUGCAUGCACUUUUUACUGGAGAAGAUGAUACAUGGGAGGCUUGGCUUAACAUUGAUGCUUCUGGUUUUUCUAGUGUCAUUCCUUUGGGAGGAAAUGGAAUCAAGUUAAGACGUGGAUAUUCCACAUCACAUUCAUCAAAACCCUCCCAGGAUGAGCUUCGCCAGCAAAAAGAGGAGGAAAUGGAUGACUACUGUUCACAGGUUCCUGUUCGGCACCUGGUGUUUAUGGUUCAUGGUAUUGGUCAGAGAUUAGAGAAAUCUAAUUUGGUUGAUGAUGUUGGUAAUUUUCGCCACAUUACGACAAGUCUUUCUGAACGACAUCUUACUUCACACCAACGGGGUAGGCAGAGGGUUCUUUUUAUCCCAUGCCAGUGGAGAAAGGGAUUGAAGCUUAGUGGAGAAACUGCAGUGGAAAAAUGCACUUUAGAUGGUGUAAAGGGUCUGCGUGUCAUGUUGAGUGCAACUGCUCAUGAUGUGUUAUACUACAUGAGCCCAAUAUACUGUCAGGACAUUAUCAACUCGGUAUCUAAUCAAUUAAAUCGGUUGUAUUUGAAGUUCCUCAAGAGGAAUCCUGGUUACGACGGAAAGGUUUCCAUAUAUGGUCAUUCUCUGGGAAGUGUACUAGCCUAUGAUAUCCUCUGCCAUCAGGAGAACCUAUCCUCCCCAUUUCCGAUGGAUUCAAUGUACAAGGAACACCCUAAACAUGAAAAAUCUUCCCCUGAUAUGAAUAACCAAUCUUUUAGUAGCAACUCUUCAACUAAUAUGGAGGAUAAACACUCCUCUCUAAUUAAUGAAAACUCUUCAACUAAUCUGGGGGACAAACACUCCUCUCUAAUUAAUGAAACUGAGGACAAGAUGGGUCCUCAUGAUGAAGACAAGAGGAGUGUUCAGCCGAUUGUUUCAGCAUGUGAGGAAGAUGUACCAAGAGGCAAUACUGAAGAUGCUUACCAAGUGGGUCCUGUUGUAUCAGCUUUCCAUGAGUUUACUGGAAGGGCCACGAACUCUGCAGAAGAACCAUGUGUUUCUAUUAAUGAUUCCGAAAGAAUGGAUGAAGAAGGGUGUGAAGAUACCAGUACUAAAGAUGAAGUUAUCAAAUUGCUGAGGGCAGAGAUUGAUUCCUUGAAAGCCAAAAUAGCAGAACUGGAAUUGCAACACUGUGGGGGAGGUAGGAAUAUAGGGUUGCAUCAAGAAAACAAGGGAGCACCUGCAACUAUGCCAGAGCAGCCCAUGUCUGACAAGCCGCUACCUGAGCAAGAUAAUUCUCCAAUGAGUUUUACCCCUCAAAUUAAAUACAGAAAACUUGAAUUCAAGGUUGACACAUUCUUUGCGGUUGGAUCACCUCUAGGAGUCUUUCUUGCUCUUCGUAACAUUCGUAUUGGGAUUGGGAAAGGGCAAGAAUAUUGGAAAGAGGAAAAUAUCAGUGAAGAGAUGCCAGCUUGUCAGCUAAUGUUCAAUAUAUUUCACCCGUUUGACCCUGUAGCAUAUAGAAUAGAACCACUUGUGUGUAAAGAAUACAGCAGCAAACGGCCUGUAAUUGUACCUUACCACAAAGGUGGAAAGAGGUUACAUAUUGGAUUUCAGGAAUUUACUGAAGAUUUAUCUGCCCGUUCUCAAGCUGUGAUGUGUCGUCUACACUCCUUAAGGGUUAAAGUGCUUACAGCUUGCCAGUCAAGAGAUGCUGAUAGCCAAGAAGAAGAAGAAGCUGCCCAAGAAAAAGAAGAGAGAUCAUAUGGUUCUCUUAUAAUGGAGAGGUUAACAGGCAGCACGGAAGGACGGAUUGAUCACAUGCUUCAAGACAAAACUUUCCAACAUCCAUAUAUAUCUGCAAUUGGAUCACAUACAAACUAUUGGAGGGAUCCUGAUACUGCUCUAUUCAUAUUGAAACACCUGUAUCGAGAUAUACCUGAAGAUCCCACCACAGCCGAAGACUUGAAAAAUGAUGAGAGCGGUUCCAAAGGCUGGUAUGAUCGAAGGGAGUCCAUAGAGGAAGAGCUUCCUUUGACUUUCUCUGAUCAAAGCGUGGUACGAAACUUCUCAAGUAAAGCCAAGAAGCUUUUGAAUAAGCGGUAAACUUAUGCAGUGGACCAAUGCAAGAGCUGAAAGUUACAGCAGGGCUUAAAAGCUUUUAGUUGUUAUAUUAAGCGGUUCUUAAUGAAAACGUCCAAAGUCUAUUGGGAGCAAAUUAUUCCGUCUGUUGAGGAAGAAAGUGAUAUGCCAUGCCCACUAAAUAGACGUGCCAUUCUGCGGCUAGGAAGUAGAGUAAGAAAAGCACAUGGCAAAGUAUACGUGGCUGCUAACCCCAGCAAGCCUUUGAACAGUGAAGUGGGGUGGCUGUCAAAUGACAAAUCUAUCCCUUCUUCUUUUCCUCCUCCUUUUCUCUCUUUUCUUUCCUUUUUUUUUUUUUUUUUUAAUUAUUCAUUCCCUUUCUUUUUUUUUUUUUUUUUUUCUUAUUAUUAACCUUCCGUGUACAUAACCAAAAAAGAAAAAGAAAAAUGCUGGCAUAUGCUCAAUGAAAUGAAUGAAGCUGGUACGAGUAAUGAUAAUGAGAUGAUCAGAGACAUCCCCCAUUUCAAUUGAAAGUAAUCCACGACGACUUUUCUCUAAUCAACAGAACAAAAAGCUUUACAAUUAAUUUUGUAGGUAGAAAUUUGCAUAUGGUUCCGCUAUGAUGAGGAUUAGAGAAGAGAAAAGAAUUGGAAGGAGUUAUUAUUUGGGUAUAAAGUACUAUUCUUUUAAUGAAAAACAUUUGCUUUAAAGUA